GUCGCCGAGUCAGACGGAGCCGUCCCGGGCGUCCCGGGUGACCACCGCACGUGGCCGUACCUGACGACGUCGCGGCCCGAGUCGCUCAUCGGCCCCGGCGACAUCCGCGGAACGGUGCAGCGCAUGUCGCCGUCGGACGGCACCAAGCGGCGGCGCCCGAAGCUUCAGGAGCUGGCUCUGGAGCUGCAGCUCCUGCAGCAGCAGCAGCAUGCGUCGUCCACCAAGCCGACGCCUACCCCCAAGCCGACGGCCGCCCUCAAGCCGACGGCCACCUCCAAACCAACGGCCGCCCCCAAGCCGACGCCUUCCUCCAAACCAACGGUCGCCAUCAAACCUUCGGACACUUCCAGACACACGUCCACCUUCCAGCCGACGGCCUUGACGGUGGCCUCGCGGUCCAGCGCCGAGCAGCUGCGCGCACUGCCCAAGUCCACCAGCUCCGCCGAGCCGGCCACCGGCGGGCCCGCCACCACGCCGUCCAAGACCUUCCUCGAGGACAUCAACAACCUGAUCGAGAACCUGCCGGAGAAGCACGUCGACGUGUCCGUCCGGGACUCGCACGUCGUGACCGCGGGGGCCGGCGGCUACGGCGAGAUGGACGAGGAGGAGCAGCCGUCGUACGAGGCGGAGGACAUGUACGGCCCCAACAAGAGCCACGUGGACCUGGUGAACCGCUUCCUGCGCAUCGUCGAGUCGCAGCACCUGCUGGGCGAGAACUGCACCGCCGGCACCGACCUCAACCUCGGCGAGGGCGUGGUGGACCGCUACGCGCAGGAGCGCUUCCGCGUGGAGGCCGACGUGGCGGUGAACCGCGCCAACAUGCUGACCCGCCUGUGGAAGUACGCCGGCGCCGAGGUGCUGCACUCCGAGUACCUGCUGCACGCCGCCGUGUUCGCCAUGGUGGAGUUCGACGACGACAUCUUCGCGGCCGGCAACUGCUACGACGCCUACCAGUACAAGGACUACGAGCUGUUCUGCCCCUUCGCCUACCGCCUGCCGGACGGCCCCAUCCUCGUCAAGGACCUGGCCGUCGAGUACAAGUACUUGGGCAACUCGUCCGAGUGGUUCUUCAUCGCGAGGAAGAACGCGGAGCGCGUCAUCCACAACUACAACCAGUUCAGCCGAGGUUUCAACACGUACACGUUCAACUCGACGGCGCACACGGAGCGCGUGGCGGACGAGAUCCUGAGCGUCACGUACGAGGACGGCAAGUGGAGCAAGCCGUACUACGACUGUGGCGGCGGCAACAUCUGGAUGCUCACCUACACCGUGCCCUUCUUCGGCUUCGCCAACGGCACCUACCACUUCAAGGGCACCAGCGGCAUCGACAUCGACCUGCGGCGCGUGGACAUUGACCAGUGCCCGUCGCGGCCCGGCUCCACGGAGCUCAACAUCUUCGCGGCCUCCGACAAGUGCAAGAAGCGGACCACCGAGUGCGAGGCGAUCAAAGGUCUGGGCUUCCGGCGCGGCUCCUACCAGUGCGUGUGCCGCAAGGGCUUCUACUUCCCCGAGACCAAGUCCAGCCACCGCGCCUUCAACGGCAGCCACAUCGAGGAGGAGUACGAGAAGCUGCAGGGGGGCCAGGACUCGGAGUACGCGCUGCCCGGGGCCUUCGAGUGCCUACAGUGCGCCGAGGGCUGUGAGUCCUGCGAGGACAGCCGUCCGUGCGUGCUGGCCCUCAACUGGGCCGUGCGCACCGCGCUGCUGGUGCUGUCCUGCGCCAUCAUCCUGUGCCUGCCCGCCGUGCUGCUCUUCACCUGGAAGUACCAGCACGUCAAGGUAGUGCGCGCGGCCAGCCCCGUCCUGCUCAGAGUGAUCGUCCUGGGCGCCUUUUUUUUUCCAUUCAAACCCCUUUUGCCCCCGGGGAAUCCACUCUGCGGCUCGGCGCGCGGCGCGCCCCGGCCGGAGGUAGUACAUCCCGGAAGGGAAAAAUGAUUAAUGGUGGGCCGUCUGGCACCCUCCGGCAGGAUCUCCGUGAUUUUCCGCGUGCGCUCCGCCAAGGCCGUCAAGAUCACCGACGUGGAGCUGAUGCAGCGGGUGGGCGCGGUGGCCGGGAUGUUCGGCGUGCUGCUGGCGGUGCGCACCCUGGUGGACCCGCCGCCCGUCAUCGUGGGCCGCACCGCCGACGACCUCAAGGCCUUCCUGUGCCGCACCGACUGGUGGGACCACUGCUUCACCGUGCUGGAGUUAUCUUUCCUCCUCUGGGGAGUUCGACUGUGCAUUGUCGUCCGCAAAGCGCCGACCGAGUUCAACGAGGCCCGCUUCAUCUCCAUGGCCAUCUACAACGAGUUCCUGCUGUCCAUCUUCCUCAACGUGUCCAUGUAG